AUGUCUGCUCUGCUAAUGGUUUGGGCUGUGCUUCUGCACUGGGGGAUUGAGCAGACCCUGGCCAGAGGAGGAAAGUCAUGGGAGCACUGCACAGGUAAGAAGGGCUGGGUGUCAGUGUUGGGGUGGUUGGCUACACUUCAUCCUCUGAUCUUCAGCUCCUCAAAUGAACUUGCCUUCUAAAUAUGGAAUCAUGAUUAUAUUUCAGAGCUCAAAUACAUGGGCUCCCAAGUCCUUAUCCCCCCCCAAAAAAUAAACCAUGAUGUGUGGAAUUAAAAGAUGGGAGGGACAGCAAAGAUAUCAUGUAGGGUUGAAGUAGAUUUUUUUUAUAUAAAACAACAACUGGCUGCUUUGGACUUUUCUGUGUCAGGUUCCAUUUCAGCUGUGCAGAACCCUUGGGUGGAGGAGCAUCUCUUGGCAAGACAAGAACUGUGUUAUUGUGUUAGUUAACCUGGAAGUUAGUUUUCUUUCAGUUCUGUCAUGUUAUCUAGUUGUGAGUGAAAGUGAGUUAUAUUGAUAAGCCUUUUGAGAACAAUGCUUUUUUUCUCUCUCGCACUUGUUCAUCGAGAAAUCUCAGUUGAUUAAAGCAAAAGUGCCACGCUGCCCGAUCCUGUGCGUGCUUGAUCAGAGGUCCUCCUGUGGUCGAUGGGGUUUUCUCCCUAGUCUAUGUGUUUGGGAUGGUAGCAGUAGUAAAUUUACUAAAAUAUCAUUUGAUGGAAACUUUCACGGCAUUCAGGAAGGAGAAGAUUUUGACACCCACCCCACCAGUCCCCUCUUCCAAUUAGCCAUGUAUUCAAAGAUGCAUUCUUGAAAGUAGCAAAUUCUCGGGGCUGUUAACCGUGAUAAGGUUGCCAUAUUUCAAAAAGUAAAAACACCGCGAAAGUUGUUGACCUUUUUAAAUGAAAAGUUGUUGAGCUGUUUUUUAGACAAACUCCAACAUUGUCAAGCUUUUUUUUUACAUUUUUUUUUUUUUACAAAUUGGCUUCAAUUUCAGCCCUUUGAUCUCUACAGUUAUUGGAAUCACAGCUGUGGAGACAUAUAUGCUGGGUCUUCUGAAAUAACUUUUAGAAGCACCUUUUUAAUACAGAAAACCCGUGCACAAUUGUUGCCCCUAAUGAAGGCACUUGCUGAAAUGUUUAGUCGCAUUAAUAAACUCUCCUGGCACCUGUCUGAAGCUCGCCUUAUUCUGCUUUUCUGGGCAGAUUUGGUGCUGUUAUUAUUAUUAUUAUUAAAAAUCCAUUCCACUUUUCUUUCUUUUCGUAUUUCAGUCUCGCAUAUUAACAUAUUUUUGCGUGGUAAGUGCUGCUCCACAUGUUACAACACUGCUGCAUUGAGGACACAUCUGUCUAGCUAUUGACGUGCAACCCACAUCACAAAUGACCAUGCAAGGGACAUAUGCCAACAAGCUGUGGUUUUCGGUGCUUCCCAAGUAUGGGCACAGAGCAAAAUAAACCCCACGUGUGCAACCAUUGCACAUUACUAUCUUCAUCUGAGAUUUACAUUCAUUCCUAAAAUGCAUUUCUUCUGCAUAGGAAUUUUGUUCUACAUCUAACAAAACAGCUCUAGCUUUGAGACUCAGUUCAAAUGUUCAUGCUGUGCUGGAGCUACUGAUCCUUGUUAAAAGCACCAGAGAAAUUGUUUCUCUCUUUGCAAGUGUCUACACGAAUAUAGAAAAUGAAUGUGUUUGCCAUCUUGAGCUGAUGACUAGUUAUAUGCAUUGCCUUCGUUUGCUUCUACUAAACAGUUAUUUUGUGGUGGGUGGAGAGAAUCUACCCCACAGUUAACUCACUAGGUUUUCAGGAUUUGUCAAUGUAAUUUUAACUUUGCAUAGAAAUUAAACCAUUUAUAUUUUGAUUUGUUGUUAACAGCGUUUAAUAUACUACUUGUUUGCAAAUAGAACUUCUAAGCACUUUACUAAUGGCAGGGAUGACGCAAAACAUAAACCUGACAGAAAGAAUAAAAGCAAGUAUAAACACAAAAUGCUAAAUUCCCCUUGGAAUCACAAGAAUUAAAUCUAAAAUAUUCAUAUAACAUGAUAGUUUAUGUGCCCAUGGGCUUAUCUGUAAGUGUAAUUACAUCUAGGCAUGCCUGGUCAACAUUUUUGAUGCCUUCUCUUGGCAAGCGGGAAUAUUGUAACAGGCAGCAAUGUGCUUUCUGGAUUGUCCCAAGACACAUUGCAGUGAACGAGCUCAACAGGGUAGUCUGGAAAUGUCCAUUUGCAAGUCCAAAUCUAUUCUGACCUGUUUUCUUUCCUGCACACGGUUUCAAUUUUGGUGAGUUCAUCAUUUCCCCGCACAUAUCUGAGGGUGUCCAAUGUUUGGAACUGGCCAGUAAGAUACAUAACUGACAAGGAACCAAUUAAAUACACUUUUUAAAAUAUAUCUGCACAUAUUUUCUCCCCUCACCAAUACAAAAUCAAAGCAGUUUCAGUCAUUAGUAAUCUGUCUUGCUUUGAACCUGAGAAUAAAAACUCAAUUCCAGUAAGAAGAAGGACUAAUGUCAAUUUCAGCAGGGUCAUUUCAAGGAUAAAAUCCUCCCGAGUAUAGAACAUUUCUGAAUUGCCCCUCGAUGGAAAAAGAAGAGCAAAAUGUUCGAACAGACUGCAUAAGUUCUUCAAAGCUCUUUAUAGUUACAUAUUGCUAAGUGCUUUUAGUCUUUGAAACUAAGUGAUGGGUGAUGGGUGAUUAUUUCUAUUCCACUUGUGGUUCUUUUCCAUUCAUAUCAGCAGUGGGAAACAUGUGGCCCUCCAGAUGUUGUUGGAUUCCCUACUCCUAGUCUAGCAACAUCUGGAGGGUUCCUCACCAAACUGACCAAGCAUGGUGAAUAUCUCUCUCUGUGUGUGUGUGUGUGUGUGUGUGUGUGUGUGUGAGAGAGAGAGAGAGAGAGAGAGAGAGAGAUAGAGGGAAGUGUAAACUGAGUAUAUAUUACUUAAACUAUUCUUCCAUAUGUGUCUUAAAUAAGCAAGAUUCUUCGAUUCCUGAGGUUAGUAAUCUAGGAUAAUGAACUGAUUUCUGGACAGCACAGCAAUUUUAUGCUUGUGUAUUGUACCUCUCCGGGUGCUUUCAAAAAGGGAUUUAAUAUGGUGGUGGUGGUGUUGCAAAUGGGUCGUUGAGAACAGCUUUGGUUUUCCUCACCAAGGGUAAAUUUGGGGGAGGGGAAUACAGACUAGUGUUUUGAUUUCGAUGUUUUGUGGAUGCUUCAAAAAUCUUGUGUGUGCGAGGAGCACACCGAUCCCAGAAGAAACACCUGGCUUGCUCCUGACGUCUCUUCACAUAGUUGGGUUCUUCUUCUGGGGCUGCUGAGCAAUCUCUAGGGAUGCAAGUUUGAUUUCAGCUCAUUUCCUAGGUUUUCUUUAUUUAUUUUAAAUUACUGAAACAAUUGCACAGUUAUACUCUCCUGGAAGUGACAUUGCCGGUGCCUUUCCCACUGUUAAAAAAACCAUAUUGCCUUAUGUCAACUGUUGGAAGUUAUUUAAAAUGUAGUCAAGGGAAAUAAUGGGGGAAUCCCCAUUCCAUGGUAAAUUUUACCUUUUGAACCCCGGAUGAGAUUUCUUUUGCCAGGUUCAGGAGAUUUUUUUUGUCUGCAUUUAUUUUUACGGUGCGCUGAAGCAGGGAAAUCCCCUCUCCAUCCUGAGCUUAAUGUUCGGUGUUGUAAUAUUGUACUGCAUGACAUUAAUUUCCGUAUGUUAUCCUUUCAGAUGAAGGAUUUGUGUAUUGCAUGGGGUAUUUCAAAUAUCUAGAAUUGCGAUAAGAUCAGGAUCUUCUAUGGUUCCGUUACAUAAUCUAGACACAAGACAACAACAGCCUCCUCUUAGACUACUUAUAUUGCAUUUAUCGGUGGCAGAAAAUGUUGUAUUUGUCAGGCAGUGGAAACGGCUUUCUGCGCCAUCUGCUAAAUAUUAACUCAUUAAAAUAACAGGGACCAUGGAGAUGGAUAAAUUAAUGGAUUGUAUCUGAAGAAGAAACAAUAUUCAGUCUUAAGUUUCUGAGGAAAAGGCACAGAAACCAUAUCAUGCUAGGCGGAGAUUUCUUUUGUGUGUGAGUUUUUAAAUCUGUUUCAAUCUUAGUCUUUACCAAGGAAGAAUAAUUGUAACCCUUUGAUGGUGGGUCUGGUGCACAUUUCAGUACAAACUGCACAUAUUAGGUGUAGCAACACCUUGACUGAGCAGUGGCUCAAGGCAACCAACUAGUACAUAUUUAUUAAAUUUGUGAAGGAAUUCCAGUGCAAUCUAGCUGCACAACCUUUGAUUCUUUUCUUUACACAGUAGUUGUUAACCAGUCUGGUGCUACAGCACACAACUGGGAGCGUGGGAAAUGCCAGCGGCACAGGAAAGCACAUCUCUCAUGAGCUGUGCCAGUUCUCAAAGUGGAAUGUUUGCUUCGAGAUUUUGCAGGAGCAGCGUGGGCUGUAAAGCAAAUUCCAUUUGCCCACAUGAAUGCAUCAAAUCUUCAGCGUGAAGAUGGAUCCAGAAGCAUAAAGGACAUGAAAGAAUGGACAAGGGGCGGACGUUCCCAAAGAACUCGGCCCUAGAGAAAUAUAAAAAAGCAAGAAAACAAUUUGCCUAAGAGUGUAUAAAAGCAAUGGAGAUACAGGGUUGUAGUCAACUAAGUCCUACUCUGACCCGCUGGAAUAAAUGAACCUAUGUUAGUUAUGGCCAUUAAUGUGAAUGGAUCUACUCUGAGUAGGAAUAGUAUUGGACUUUGCGCACAUACAACAUUGUACUAUUUCAAUUGUUCCAUCUGCAUAAGCAUUUCAAUUUGCCGGAUGAAACACCCCCUAGUUCCCCCCCCCCCGUGCUGCUCUUUUGGUUCUCUCAACCCCCUUGAGCCAAUUUUGGGGGGCUGAAGGGGGAGGGGAUGGGGGAAAGCCCUGUUGCACAAGUAACAAUUAGUAUCAAUUGCAUAUGCAUUUCAGCUGUAGACUGAAACAUCUAAGGCAGUAUUUCACUAAACAGUUCCCCUAGCAUGAGGAGUUUUCAGUUCACAGUGAAAGUUCCCUGUGCAACCGCUAAAUGUGUUCUAGUGGUGCCCCCAACCCUCCAGAACAAAUUAUGGGGUGCGAGCAGGGAGAAGAGAGGGUGGGGAGUUCCAUUCUGCAGCUAAAAUUCCUUGAGCUUGGACAGUGCUUUUCUUCUAGAAAAAAGGGUGUCAGUACUGCGUACUCUUGAGUGUCCCCAGGAAAAAACCCUGCACUUGGGGAACUCUUUAGUAAGAAGGCACCCAGAAGGCUGAUCUAGAAAGCCCUCAAACGCAGCCUUUGUUCUGAGACAGGAAUUUUUAAAUUGAGACAUGAUGGGCAUGCAGAGGCCCUGAUCCACACCCCUUUCUAGAGUUCACCCAUAUAGGCCUCUGAGUUUCAGUUUAAAAUAAUUAACUGGAACAUGUUCAACAGGAGAACUCAGCCAACUAGCCUUAAGUCUGAGAGUUGUGCUGAAUUCCUGCUACAGGAAUGGAGAAUGGCCUCCAUCUCUUAGGGCCUGGCACACAUCUGCCAUCUGAUGAACAACCAGACUGAUGGAUAACUGGCAAAGUUGAACGCAUUGCAUGUACUGACAAUACUAAAGGCUGAUUUUCUCCAGUGUGUUUCGGAGACAUGAGGAACCACUCCCAGUACACCUGGCAGGUGCUUCCAUCACAAUCUUUUAGAGCUGCCAGAUCAAACCCACCGAACUGAUGGUUGCACGUGGCCGAAAUUAAGAUGUCAUGUAGUUUUUAGAACACUUGUAUAUUAUGCAACCUGAUGCUUUUUUGAGUGUUUUCACACAGAAGAUAUGAAGGGCAUAUUCCUCACUCCCAACCCCAGUUGUAUAACUUCAAGUGGACAUGUUAAUAUGAAUGUUUGCUGUGGAGAUUUUGCAGGAAUAGCAUUACGCUUGCAAGUUCAAACACCUUAUACAAAUGAAAAACUGACGUUUAAAUCAUAUGCAGCAUAAAUAUCUCAAGCAGGCUGUUGUGCUUGUGAGGUUCUGAGGGACUUUGUGCAUCCAGAGUGCUAUGCCAGUUUGGUUAUUUUAGAAGCAGGGCUGCAGUCAGGCUGCUUUCCCUCCCUGCUCCCUGCUUUCUUCUCUUUAGGGCCCAGAGUGGAGCUCCAUCUCUUUGCCAGCCAAGGGAGAUUUCGGCUCCUGUGUAACUUAAGAGCUUUUGAAAAGGCUGCCCCAGGCAUUCCCUUGAUCUCUCGGAUGAUGUGGCCCUCCUCGAGUCUCUGUUAAAAGUGAAAGAAGGAUCUAGUCAGAGUCUUCGCAACAUAAUUUGCCUCACUUCUCUCAAGUAUCCGCAGCUGCUGUUCUGUAAUCAUUAAUAAGAUUCUGCAUAAUCCCUCGCUGCACUUUAAUCAUUAAGAGCGUCUGUAUAAUGUGGGAGGUGAACUGAAAAUAACUGCUUUGGCUUUCAUUUUACGUCAGUUUGAGGCCGAGGUGCUCCACCAUCUCCGAGGAAUCUGUCUGCAAGCCGCAGACAGCUGAGCUGCUCAAAGUGCCUGUGGUAACCUACCACAGUCAGUCUUCCCAUUGAAAAAAGCAACACGGAGCAACUUUGUCUACUUGAGGAGGAGCAUCACACCUAAGGAUCUAGGAGAAGGGAUCUGGUUUUUUAAAAUGGGUAGUUCAUUUACAUCAGGGGGUGUCAACAUUUUUGGACUCCCAUGGGCCAGUGGUGAAGUGUGCUUUAAUGGUGCCCAGGGCGGGCGCACACAUGUGCCGGGAGAGCUGGACAAAAGGAGCCCACUGCAUGCCAGCCCAGCUCUUGCCAAAAUGACACCAGCUCUGAGCCUCUUUGCAAGGCUGGAAUGAUCCCAGCCUUGUGAAGCGAGGUUUGGGGAGGGCAGUGUGAGCAGCACCCCCACCCAAUAAAUGUGCCCCCCACGCCCCUGCCAUGGGCACAUUUGCAAACUAGAGAAACUGUUGUGGGCAUCUGGCAUGCAGCACACUCUCCCCCACAUGCACACAGGGUUCCUGCAGACACCCCUUUUUUUCACAUCCAUGAUCCUUUGUGCUCAUGAUGCUAUUAGGUGCUCAAACAUGAUCCCACUUUCAACAUAGUUUGCAUCUGCAAAAGUUUGGGGGCAGUCGCACUGCUUCAUUUCCAAUCAGUGCAUAUCCCAUAACUUCCUGCUUCCUGUUUAUUUUUGUCCCAGUUUUGUUGCUCUGUAGCCUCCCUGGGCAACAGCCAUGUGGUAGCAUUGAGGAAAUGUCACACAACAAAUGAAAGCAGAAUAAAUCCGCCACUAAUAUAGCACCUAUGGGAGGGGCACUCACUCGCCCCUCUCCUGUAACCCCAGUCAUUAGGCUUGGGAGAGAAAAAAGGAAAUAAGAAGCCAAACCUAUUUUAGUAUUAUAUAUGCAUGCGUGGAGGUGCAGAAGUUUGUUGUAUAUAUCCUACCUCCAUGCAUCCAUCUGAAGACACAUCAGAACGUGUAGGAUCUUUCAGAUCUCAAAACUAAUAUAUAUAGAUGUGCACAUGCCUCUCACCAUUCUUGCAUUCAUAAAACAUCUGCAAGGGGGUAAACUUGAGGGCUAAGGAAAAGCCCAGUAGCUUUGAUGUGACUAACGGCAUGCUGACUGAUACAGGAAAUGAAAACAACAUUAAUGACAGCAUCCAACCAAAUCUGGUGAAUCAGUUGCAGGCACAGGAUAAUUUACUUUGCCAAUCUUUAGUUGGGAUAGACGAAUGCAAGGUUUUUGAGUUGCACAACUCUUCAAGGUAGCUUGUUCAACCUAGAUCAAGAGAAAAGCUGGCUGCCUGUGUGCUGUGGCUGCCCAGCUGGACUCAUUGGCUCUUAAUCCCAAACGAGGAAGGUUAGAACUGCAAUUGAAGGCCGUCUACAUUUACUAUACUUUUAAAGCACAUGACUACCCCCAAAUAAUUCAAGGAACUGUUGUUGGUUAACAACAGGUGCUGGAAAUGGUACCUCUGUGAGGGGUAAACUUCAGUUCCCAUAAUUUUGUGGGGGGAGUCAUGUGUUUUAAAUGCAUGGUGUGUAUGGAGCCUUCCUUACUUCCGACUAUUAAUGACAGAAUUACAAAAUGGCUAUCACUUCCAUACAAUUAUCAGGCAAUUUUCUUGCAAUGGCUCAAGACCACCAUUUCCUUUUCCUCCUUAGGCAAAGAAUAGCAGUUAAUUUAAAAUGUGGGUUUCUUUUUUUCCUUUUUAAGGAAAGAAAUUAUAUAGUUGUUGCAUAAGCAUGUGGAGCCUCCAGGUAAGGUUUAAUCCCUUCCUAUUUGCCCCCACCCCCACCCCCCAGCACAAUAUUUGGGAAGACAUCAAACGGUGGGUGUUUUCCCUGCUGCUAAAUGGACCUAAUUUGGUGUUGCGGGUGUUUGUUUGAAACACCGCAGACAAUCUUCACGCGGCUCAGCUGGUCCCGCAAGGCUGGUGUCUGUGCUCACCAGAUGUUUUCUGUCAUAGCGGCUUAUCCUCUUUUCUUUUUCCCUCAGUCCAUGUGAUGCCCUAGGGCCACACAUGUGUCUUUCUUUCUUCUGUGAAUAAUCUGAAUUAUUUGGAAACUGCCUAUCUUUUUGUGGAGACGUACGUAGAUUUGAGUGAGUUUGUUGAUAGCUAGGCCUCAGGCCAAAUCCCUGGAACCUCAUAUCCAUAUCUAUCUAGUAAUGCUGCGGUUGUCGGAUUCUGGGCUGCUGAAAUCACCUGUUUUUGUUGAGCAUCCAUCCUGAUUUGAUUGCACAAAACUCACAUGGAGGUUAGACGAUGUCUGGUCUUUAUUAAAUGGCUCAGGACUGCAAUGCCUCAAGGACUGCUUCUCCCCAUAUAAAUUCAUCCUGGCUAUGUUCAUCAUCUGAGGCCCUUCUUUGUGUGCCUCUCCACUGGCUCUCAGUUUGUGAAAUUCUCUCCCCAGGGAGGUUCACCUGGCACCUUCAUUAUAUAGUCAUACCUCAUGUUACAUUUGCUUCACGUUGUGGCUUUGCAGGUUACGAACGUGGCAAACCUGGAAGUGUUUACUUCCGGGUUCGUCGUGUGCGCAUGUGCAGAAGCGGCACUCUACUUAUGGACUUUUCGGGAUACAAACGGCACCCCGGAACAGAUCACGUUCGUAAGAAGAGGUACCACUGUAUACCGUAUUUUUCGCUCUGUAACACGCACCCGACCAUAACACGCACGUAGUUUUUAGAGGAGGAAAAUCCAUAGGCAUGCCACCCGUAGGCAUUCCCUCCAUAACACGCACAGACAUUUUCCCUUACUUUCUAGGAGGAAAAAAGUGAGUGUUAUGGUGCAAAAAAUACGGUAUAUAUUUAGGUGACAGGUGAAAAUGUUCCUCUUCAACCAGAUCUUUGGCUGAUUUGUAUUUUACCACCUUUUAAAUGUGUUUGUGGGAGGGUGGGGCUAUUGUUUUAUUAUUUUGGUUUUAACUACUUAUUUGUGUUUUCAUCUUGCAUUUCUGUCUUGUGGACUGCCCUGAGAUGGAAUAAGUGUUUAGUUUCAAAAAAUAAAAGGUGCUUGCUUAGAAUAAGGGAUAUCUGGCAACCAUAGGACUUGAUGGUCCACUUUCAAUUCUAUGUCAAUGUCCUUAUCUCUGUUUGGUUAAAAAAAACAGAUGGGUUAAGAAAAAAUCUUCUGCAUGCAGCCAGCUAAUCAGUUCUUCCCAUUAUUUUGAUUAAUCUGGAAGCUGUUUUCCUGGCAUAAGUGCCUGGCCUUUCAGGAACAGGCUUUGUAGCCCUUUGCUGUGUUCCCCCAGUUUUAGUAAUGCAUUUUGUUGCUGUCUCUGGUGUAGAUCUGCGUCCUUUGGAUAUUCUCUCCGAAGUGGUUCCUGUGAAUGGGGUGAAGAGUGGGAUACGGAUGAUCCAGAUCCAAGGAGCACGUGGCUUCCAGUUCUCUGCAAUGCACCCUCGCUUUCUCAGUUUUCCAGCAUCACGGAUUUUCAUAUACUGUGACAUCUUCCCAGAGGAAUUCUCCAUUGUGGUCACCCUUAAAGCUUUCCCCAUGCGGUCCAAGGUAAGCAUGUGGUAGGCUUUUUUUUUUUUACACUAGAGCAGAAUCACGUAUCCAGAAUCACAUAUCCAGAAUCACGUAUCCACCGAUAAAAUCGUGGUUGGUGAAUUCAGUUUUCUAAACCUGAGCUUAAUUAUUACUGUAAUCAAUCUGGCAAACUUUGCAAUAUCACAUGAUUUAAAUAGCUCAUUCCAUAUAAACUGUAACUGGAACAGUUGUUGGCAAAUUUACUUGGAUGUAAAUGUACUCAGAUGCCUGAUAGAAUCACUAUGCAUAAUUUAUGCUGUAGGUGCUGAAAUAAAACUGUCACAGGUGACAAGAGAUAAUCUUUAAUUGGUCAUGGUGUACUUUAUGAAUUAUAUCCUUAAAAAAAGAACUUGGAAAAACAUCCUGGGGUUUGCUUUUUUUCCUGGAUUGUGAUAGCACAGGAAACAAAAUGAAACUGGAGCUUGAUUCUAUCUUUAUUUGGAAGUUAGGCUGUGUACACACUCCCUGUUCACUCUGCAUCCAGUGCGUUCCCACCACAGGUUUGGGAAUCGGUGUACACACAAUGUUUGCCUCUAUCCUGUCAUUUCUUAUUAAAUACAGUGGUACUUUGGUUCUCGAACUCUAUCCGUUCUGGAAGUCCGUUCAACUUCCAAAACGUUCGAAAACCAAGGUGCGGCUUCUGAUUGGCUGAUUGGCCCCGGAAACAAUGCUGACAGCCGAAAUGGACAUUCGGCUUCCAAAAAACAUUCACAAACCAGAACACUUACUUCCGGGUUUGUGGUGUUCGGGAGUCGAUUUGUUUGUCAACUAAGCCAUUUGGGAACCAAGGUUCCACUGUACUGUGUUUUGAGGUGUUCCCUGCCAUACCAGUUUCAAUCUGAAGUUAGCCAGAGAGCCCCGUAGAUGAGUUUUAAGGUGGUGUACACAGAGAACUGGGAAUUGUAGUUCUCUGAGGUAAAUAGGGCCGUCCUAAUAACUCUCAGCACUCUUAACAAACCACACUUCCCAGGAUUCUUUGGAAGGAAGCUAUGACAGUUAAAAGUGGUAUGAUACUGCUUUAAAUGUAUUGUGAAGCUGGGGCCAGAGUGCUCAAAAAGUUAAAUUAGUGAUUCAUAUGCUGGUAGAAGAAAAUAAUGUAUUUCAGGCUGACAAGCUUAACUGUGUUUUCAAAAAAUGAGUUUUGGAGGACAUUUAUUCUGUGAACCUUAUUGUUCCUCCGAUGCUUAGGAUUAAAGGUUUUCUUUUCUUUUUUACAAAAUAUUUUGACAGAUCAGGUUGAUAAAUAGGAGAAGCAGGGGGAAGCUUUCCGACUAACAGCCUUUAACUGUCCUUUCAGAGAAACGAGUACAUCUUUACGGUUUUGGAGGAAAACAGUGACACUCUGCUGCUUGGACUCCGAUAUUCGAGGAAUAAAAUUCACUUCAUCUUCUGGAGCAGAGAGCUUUCCAAUGGCUGGCAGACACGGGUCACCUUCCGGGACGUAUUUUUGGCAGACAAUCAGUGGCACACACUGGUACUGGCAGUAACUAAAGGCUCCUUCUCUCUCACUGUGGACUGCAGCAUCCCCACAGAUGUGUACGUGAAGCACGUACAAUUCAGGGGUAAUUUUGCCACCACCACCAUCCCUGGGUUGGGGCUGCAUGGAAAAUUGCACUGCCCAGAACUGGGAAGUCUGAAGGCUUUGUGCAAAACGUGGGAGCUCUUUUCAUCAGGUCCUAGCCAAAAUCUGCCUCUGGUUUUCUACAGACACACAUACACACACCUCCAUCCGCCUUCCAGACAAACAAGAGGCAUUAUCACAGGAGGGAGCGGCUUAUGGGAGGGUGUGUGAGAAUGUAAGAAAAGCCUGCUGGAUCAGGCCAGUGGCCUAUCUAGUCCAGCAUCCUGUUCUCAGAGUGGCCAGCCAGAUAUAUGUGGCAAACUCUCUGGCAACACCCCAGCACAAGAACACUCUCCCCUCUUGCAGUUUCCGUCAACUGGUAUUCAGAAGCACUACUGCCUUCGACUGUGCAGGCAGAGCACAGCCAUUAUGGCUAGUAGCCAGUGAUAGCCGUACCCUGCAUGUGUCCUGGGGAGGGGCUGGUAGAGAGCCCCAGGGGCUAAAGGGCUGCAUUUGGGGCCCCCACCCGCUGCCUAAUGGUGCCCUAUACUCUAGUCUGGCCUCCAGACUAUGAAAGUGGGAUUGUAAUUAGGGUGGGUAAGCAACUAGGGCAACAAGAUGCAAUGUCAUGGGAGCAAUUAGCCUGUCAUAGCCGCCUGGAAGGAUUGAAGGCACAAAUGGAUUGCAGAAACAGCAGAUAAACUGCAACCCUAUUUUGCACAACUUUGCACAAAAAUAUAGUACAGUGGUACCUCGGGUUAAGAACUUAAUUCGUUCCGGAGGUCUGUUCUUAACCUGAAACUGUUCUUAACCUGAAGCACCACUUUAGCUAAUGGGGCCUCCCGCUGCUGUCGCACCGCCGGAGCACAAUUUCUGUUCUCAUCCUGAAGCAAAGUUCUUAACCCGAGGUACUAUUUCUGGGUUAGCGGAGUCUGUAACCCGAAGCGUCUGUAACCUGAAGCAUCUGUAACCUGAGGUACCACUGUACAGGCGACUCCCCAUUUACAUGUGCUCAAUAGGUGCACGACUGUGCAUACACUCAGACUUUUCCAAUGGUCUUUCAAAUAUAUGCAAUUUCACUUAAAUGCGAGGUGCCUUGGAACAAAACCCCUGUGUGAACUGGGAGUUGCCUGUAAAUGGUUUAUUCCCUGACUCCCGGAGGAGCUAACCCUCUGAGCCAGACACCUGUAUUGUCCAAGAUUGAUAAGCUAAGAACAAAUCUUUGUCUCCCAUCAUGGCUUCUUUGAAGUGAAACAAACCACAGCCCCUGACUUGGACAUAAUGCCAAGCUAGGGGGCCAUGGUUUGCUGCUCCUAUUCAAACUAGGGAAGGUGGUGAAGCAGGAACUUCCUGUGUCUUCAUGGUAAACCUUACUGCAAGGGUGGAGGGCAUUUUCCAGCCUGCAUUCCCUUCUAGGCAACAUUUGAGGAGCGUAUGUGUGUCACAUUCCAGGGGUGGGUGGAGCCUAGAGUAAAAGUGGGCGGAGCAAUGAAUGUGCAUUUUAUAGUAAGCUAGUUUCUGUACACAAACACCUCUCUAGCCUUCAUCCAGGGAAGCAAGAGGCAACAGCAGAGAGUUCAAGGACAUUCCAGCCAGGCAAAAGAACUCAAGGAGAUUGUGAAGUAGGGCCAUUAGAAGGUGUGGCUGGGAAGGAUUCUGGCCUGGGGAGAGUCUCAGGGGCCAGAGAGAAAGGCUUGAGGGGCCACAAUAGGCCCAUGGACUUCAGGUUCCCCAACCCUUGAUGUAUGAAUGCACACAUCAAGAGCCCAGAUGGAAGGUGUAAGUCUAUUUACCUCUGCUGUUACCAGUGAUGAUGACUUAACUGUCUGGAUACAUAUGUCCUUUCCUUUUUUAUUCCCCUUAGGAUUACAGAUGCUGUUUUCCCCACAUCUUUGACUGUGACAGGAUCCCGGUUUUAUGUAGGGAGCAGAAGGAGAAGAAAAGGUUUCUUCACUGUGAGUACACUAUUUGUGUUGAAGAGAUUAUCAUAGCCAUUCAGCAUACAAUGGGCUGACUCUGCCAUACAUGGGGAUGGAGAUGUGCAUUAUCAAUGCAUGCCCGUUUAAUAUCACUUUAACUUUCAUUGGUACCCCCAAACCAUUUUGAGAAUUAUAGCUUGGCAAGAUACUGAGAAUUCCUUGUUUGAGAUUCCUAGCUCCCCCCUUAUGGAAAUACAGUUCCCUUGAUUCUCUGAGGAAGCUGACCAAUUUAAGUAUAGUAUAGAGAUAAGUAGAGACUGCAACAAAAUGUUGCAGCAUACCCAUUUUUCUAGCAAUGGGAAGGGCCAAAGCUCAGUGGUAGAGCACGUGUUUAACUUGCAGAAAGUCCCAGGUUCAAUCCCUGGCUCCUCCAAGAAGGAGGAUUAAUUCUCCUACUGAGAAUUAGUUAACUAUUGAUAGCCAGCGAUAGAAAUAACGCUGAGGCAGAUGGACUGAGGGUCUGGCUCUGCAUGAGCCAGUUUUCUAUGUUCUUCCUAACAGAAAUGCUUCUGUUUCAGCCAGCCAUUAUCACCAAGCAGGGCAUUCCACUCCCCUAGUUUUCUGUUUUUCUUUUCUGGCUGACACUUAACAUACCUGGGGCCUGUUCUGCAGUUACAUGUUCCUGUGUAAUGGUGGAGCAAGAGACACUGCAGGCGAAGUCAAACUCUGAGGAUACUGGAGGAGCCAUGUUUUCAGGCCAAGGCAGUGUUGAAGGGACGGGGACUACUGCAUCAUCUGACUUGGAACCCUCUUCAGCAGUGCUGGCUGGUGGCUAUUGGGAUUGGUGGGCCAGAAGGCAGGAAGGUCAACAGUGGGUGGAGCCAGAACCAAUGAGAGGCGGAGCCAACUGAUUCUAUUUUUGUCCCCGUCUUUCUUCUGGCUGAGGGGCAAUGCUGAGACUCAUGAGAAGGAAGGGGACAGGCAGUGCCACCCAGUGGCGGAGGAAGCAUAGGGGCAGGGUGAGGGCGAGGCGAUCAACCCAUAGCGGCGGGGUGAGGACGGGGCAAUCUGCCCAUAGGGGUGGGGUGCACCAUGGGGCCUCUGGAGUCUGCCUGCCUCCUCCCAGUCAGCCGCCCUACAGCUGGAGAGGAGGCAGCGGGUGGACCGUUUGGGCCGCACGGAGAAUGUGCCACCGUGUCUCUUCCAGGAGAAACGCAUGACUCGGGCAUGCUGCAGACCCCACGGUGAGUGCUGCCCACCAUUUUGUCACCCCCAUCAGUGUUGACACCCGAGGCGGCCCACACCCACUGCACCCCCCUUCCUCCGCCCCUGGGGCCACCCUCUAGACCAGCCUUUCUCAACCUGUGGGUCCCCAGAUGUUGUUGGACUACAACUCCCAUCACCCCUAGCUAGCAAGGCUAGAGCUCUGGGAUGAUGGGAGUUGUAGUCCAACAACAUCUGGGGACCCACAGGCUGAGAAAGGCUGCUCUAGACUAUUUGUAAAUAAGAAGGCAGACAGGUGGGGUGGCUGAAGGCAGACUGAGGUUGGUGGGUCAGUGCCCCAUUUGCCCCAGAGGGCCAGCCUUCACUGCUUUUCAAGCCAACACAGGUACCCUGAGGCAGGGGACGUGACAAUUUUAUGUAGGCUGUGAGGUGAGAUAUUGAUAAAAAGUGGUCUGCGGUAAGAGUUUCUGUGACAUUCAUCAGCCAUGUUCUGUGCAGGCCUCAUAAAACUCUGGAGUAUGCAAAGCUCUGCAUAAAGAUCAAACCAACUUCAGAACAGACCCUGAGGGAAUCACACUGAUGGAAGCCGUGGUACUAAUCUGCUAGGAAUGCUUUGGCUUUCCCUCUCUCUUGCAGCCUUUCCAGAUAAACAGCAGAUGCAUACAUGGAACAGCUUCUGUUCAUUUCUGGGUUGCUGGCGAUAAUUUUUAGCCAUUUUCUCAGAUAGAUCAGUAGGCUUUCAUGAGCAGACAUUGCAACAGAUACAUAAUACCGUGUGUGGCUGGGACUGGGAGACACGAUUGAGUGAGAGAUAAAAUUCUAUUUUCCCUUCUUUUAAAACUAACUUGUGAAAAGAAGCCGACAGGAGCAGAGAAGCUCCUGGUUCAAGAUAACUCAGCCUUUGGGGAGGAUGAUCUGAGUGUUCCAUGCCCACAAAUUAUGUACAAGAUAAAAGCUGAUAAUAAGCCUACAAAGCCAAAGGAAAGCCAAUCUGAUAGCCAAAGAUUUUCAUAGCAAAAAUCACAGGGAGAAAGACACAGAAACUUCUAAGGCAAGAAAGAUGAGUCAAGAGUAGGGAUGGGGCAGAAAUUGGAUUCAGUUACCAUUUCAAGGCAAACUUGCAGAAAUUUCCCAAAACAAAAUGUGAAAUGGAACACAGCCACCCUUUGAAAUUCACACUUUGCCAGUUUUUGCAUUACAGUUCUCCAGCCAAGUAAUGUGCACAAAAUGCUUAUACUAUGUUAAAGUGUGCAUAUAAAUACAUGUAUUGGUGAGAAAAAUAUAUGACAGUGCAUUAUAUUACAGAAAUCGCUUUGAAAUAAAUGUGUAUAUGAGGAAAAAUUGCAUAAAACAAUGUGCAUAUUAGGAGAAAUGUGCAGUAAAAUGUUACGGAAUUUUCAUUAGGACUUUUUUUAAAAAUGCAAAUGUGUGCUAUAUGUGGAGAAAGGAAGAUUGGAAAAACAAAAAAUGGAGAGAAGCCAGAACCAACACUUUCAUUCAUCUCUGGUCCAUGUGAUAUCUGAAGAGACCACAGAUAUGCCGAAACAAUGAGAAACCCGGUGGAACACUAAUAAUCCAGCCAUCUUGGGGAUUUUAUUAUUAUUAUUUUUUUCAAAAUGUCUAUGCCACUUGCAGAUUAACAAAACUUCCAGGGUAAUAGUUGUUAAAACAAUUUCAGAUAGCUAUAGAUAUCACUUAACAAUGAUGGAACUGUAAAAAACCUAAAGAGAGUAAUAAAAACUAGCAGCAACCAAUAAAAUUUAUUGGAUUAAAACCUGCAGCCAUGUUGGAAAGGCUGACUAAAUAAAAAUGUCUGCUGCGGGAAGGAUAUCAAAUUCAGUACCAGGCAAGUCUCUCUGGGGAGAACAUACGAUGUGUGGGCUGCCAGAAGGACCAGGGAAAGGGGUGGGACCUCUUUCUUCUGUCAUCACCAACCUCAUUUCAGAAGGCAGAGGGAUUUUUAAGUAGGGAUGGGAGAGAAAUUUGAUUCAGCUUGCAUUUAAAUGUAGAAUUACCUAAUUCACACUUCUCCAGAUUUUGCAGCGCAGUUCUCCAGGCAAGUAAUAUGUACAAAAAUGCACAUACCAGGGCAAAUUGUGCAUAUAAAUUCAUAUUUCAGUAGCAUACAAAAAUGCAUAGGUGAAAAUGCUUUGCAAAAAUGUGUAUAUUAGGCAAAACUGCAUACAAAAUGUGUAUUUAGGAGAAAUUUGCACUAAAAUGCUGCUAUGUUUUCAGGACGACUUUAGAAAGUAAUAAUCACAAGCUGAUGUAGAAAUAUGGAGAACUGAACUUAAAACUGGACAAAUGAGAUAAUGAAAUUGAUGUAUUUGGCCAUCCCUAAUUUUAAGCAGGGGCCUCCAAUUAUCACCUUAGCAAUCAUACAGGUUCAUAUAAAAGAAAACCAUUUUCCAGAUAUCUGGGCCCCAGACUAUUUAGGGGUUUAAAAGGGAAGCAUCACCACUUUGAAUUGUGCCUGAAAAUGGCCUAUCAGCCACAUUAGUUUAAAAACUGGAGAGAUACCUAGAGGGGUGGUUAACUAUCCCAGGAGGUUUUCAAGCAGGGGCUGUUGGGAAUGCUCUGGUUUUCCUGCAUUAAGGAGGGUUUUUUGGCUAUGAGAUGUGUUCCAUUUGGUUGGUUCAAGUUACAAAACCUACAGAACGGACACAGUAUAUCGAAACGAGGCUCAGAGCACUGUGAAUCCACACACACAAAUGUAACAAGUCAUUGUGAGUGUGCCUUCUCUAGGAAUUUACAGCUCUGUGGUCCUUAACCCCUUCAUUUACUAACUAGCAUAGAUACUAGCAUUGUUAGGUUUGACUGCCAAAACUUCCACACUUUUGCAUCCCAGAAAACGUGAUUUGUUUCUGAGUGCAUCUUUGCGACAAAACCACCUAUCCCUUUCUUAAUGUUUUGCGAUGGUUAAAGGUCAACAAUCGUUCAUUUUUUUAAAAAAUAAUGUUUUCUUGAAAUGCUUUCCAUUGUAGUCCAAAAGAGUCUUUGCAAGAUCAGGUAGAACAAGCAGGAAAUGAAGAAGACAUUAGCUGAAGUGAUUUAUGCUGAUCUUCAUCUCGCACUAACAAAUGAUUUAUUAAAUUCAGAUUAUGACAAAACAGCCUGAAGCGUACAUCUCAAACUUAAAGAGAGUGAAAAGCCAAACUAUUUGCACCGAGGGUGAGGGUGUGUGCUCAGGAUGGGUGGCUGAAAGAGGUGUAUUGGGGGAGUGCUAGAACUGGCUCUAAGGGGAUAAUUGGAAGAUGGGGGGUCUGGCAAAUUGUUUCUGAGAUGCUGAGAGUACAUUUAGAGAGAGAAACUAGUGCAGGAAAGCCAUAAAAGGGAUCCAGUUACUGUCCCAAAAGACUUAUAGAUGAAUGAGAGGCAUAGGGAAAACAUUAAUUCUAGACCAGGUGUGGGAAUCCUUUGGGCUUCCGCAUGCUGCUGAACUACAGCUGUCAACCCAGCCAUUGUGUUCAAUGACAAAGGAUUAUGGGAGUUCAGCAACAUCUGGAGGUUCAGAGGUUCCCCACACCUGUUCUAGGCAAAUUAGGUGCUAGACGCGUAGCAUGCAGGGACACCAUCUGUAAGUCCAGGGAAUUUUGUCUCUUGCUCCCCUUUCUGAAUUAGAUUUCACAUUCUCACUUCUCAGGAAGACUCAGAAGUCAUAGCGGCCAACAGUAGAUAGAGCCAGAGCCACUGAUAGGCAGAGCUAGCUCUUCUCCCUGCUGAGUUCCAAAGGGGGCAGCUCUGAGGAGGAAGAGGAGGAACUUGGCAGCCAGAGCCACCUCCAGGACUAGUAGUAAGAAAGAAGACAGGGCAGGUGGGGGCUGGCUGAAUGCAGAUUGAGGCUGGUGGGACAGUGUCCCAUUUGCCCAAGUGGAUCAGCCCCCACUCCUAGCACCUCUGUUUCUGCCAGCUCACUGCUUCUAAAUGUGCCCCUGAGGACAUUAUACUCCACGGACUGGUUGAAUAGUCAUUCCCUUAUUUGAAGUGAAACCUAUUGGAAGUGAAGGAAAAUACUCACCACACUCUUACAACUACUGCACAUGCGUGCUUUUUUCCUAAUCUCCCUCCUCAGACAAGCAGCCAACCCAGCACGUUUUUGUUACAUACCUAUGUUAAAUAAUGUAUAGCUAGAUCCUUAGUUCAAGAAAAUAUGGAAUAGUAAGUUUUCUUAGAUUACAGGGUGUGGGUUUUCCUCCACCAGUAGAAGCUUAUUUCCACAUUAGCUUCAGUAACAGUUUAAUCCCUAUCAAAGUGGCAGGGUAACCAUUGCAGAAGUGUUUUAUAACAAACCAAUGUUAACAUGGAGUAGUAUACUGUUGUUUGAAAGGCAAGUGCUCCUUAAUAUCCAGCAUUCCAGGAAGACCAAGUAUGUUUGUGCAUGAAAUGUUGCUUUGAUCUGCAUCUACACUGUGGUGUAUAAUUCAGCCGUACACUUUCAACAAGGUCAACAUAACAUGAAAGUGUCAUAAUUUCUCUUGUGUUCCCUAUUACCCUCAACGUUAAUGUGGAUAGUAAAAGAACAGAUUAGUCAAAGAAUUAUUGCUCAUAUACCAUACUUGUUCACCCAUCAUGUACACAUUGGUGAGAAGUUGCUCCUGUGAUUGCAUAAAAAAUAAAGGCCAGCAGCACAGGAGUUAUUUUGAGCAGAGACUCUUUGGAACCUCUGAGCUCAGCCCUGGAAUCAAUGUUCAAUGGCAGAUUCAAUAGCCCACUAACACAUAGAGCAAUAUGAAGAGGCUGCCCCUGAGCACCUGAAAGGUAGUUUCCCCCCCCCCCCGUCACUGAUGAGUCACAAUUGCUCCCCACACAUAUGAAAAUAGGGGCCCAUGAUUUUUCAAAUGGGCUUAAGCCCCGUCAUCAACUGAACAAAGAAAGAAAGAAAGAAAAUCAAUGUUGUAAGCAUACCAACCACGGUCUUCCAACAACCCUGAUUGAUUUCAUUCCCUAGUCUGUCUUCCUCUCUUUUCAGGGCUUGCUAAGGCAGCUGGUCCUGUUGCCAGGAUCUGAUGCUACCUCAAGGAUGUGCACUGGCAUGAACUUUAAUCUAGCAGUGCUCUCCAUCCCUAAAAUUCUGCAGGAUCUCCCCGUGAAACCAGCGGGCAAUGGGCUGCUGAAAUACCCUUACGGUCAGUAAAACAAACAAAAUAGGUUUUGAGGUGCUUCCAACAACUUGCAUUAGGAAACUAUAGAGGAGAACAAGCUGGUUACCCUUCCAAGUGCAGAGAGAGAGAGCCUGGAGUUAGAGCAGAUCUGGGCUGAUUGACUUGCAGCAGCAGAAGGGUACGUUUCACUUUUGUCAUAUACCAGUAAUACUAUUCUGUUUCGUUUCCCCCUUCAAUAAAAUUGUGGGAUUGAUUCCUUGUAGUUAAUGAACCUUUCUUCCUUGCAGACCUUUUCACUGAUAUACAUAAUAUAUUGCUUUAAGCUGCCCAGAAAGCUUUGUAUCUUAGGACAAAUGCCGUUAAUAAACAAAAACAUUGUACAGUGUUUCUGUUAUCAAAUGCAAAACAAUGUUUCUUGCUUAUAUUUUGAUGACGGCAACAUAUGUCUGCUUUGCUGUUUACUAGUGGAAAGGUGUCGCCACAGAGAAGGCCCUGCCGGACUUCAGAGGCUGGCAAGACUCGGAGCAGAGCCUCUCCUGCAAAUCUUACCAUCCAGUAGUGUGUAUAUACGGGAGAAGAAAUUGUAUACAUUGUAGAAGAUUAUGAUUCCCGUCUGCCUCAGCCACCAUGGCCAGUGGUCAAGGUUGCCAAAGAGAUAUAAUUGAGUGUUAUCAGCCCACUGGUGACAUUUAAUUCUGAAUCCUCAGAUGAAUUCUCCAAGUGGUUUUAUGUAAAGAUGUUAAAGAGCUACGAGGGACAAAAUGGGACUGUGGGAUUCUAUAGGAAAAUUCCCAAGGGGUUCAACAACAGUUCCACAGCGCAAGCUCCUAAUUAAGUCAACUGUCAUUGCUUAGUUUAUGGUGUAAUAAAACAUUAUACCCGGAGUGCUUCUAGAUGAACUGUUCCUUUGCAGAAGAUUUGGUUGUUAUCACACACCACCAUGGCUUGUUUAUUGCCAACAAAACCACAAUCUGAAGUGAUGGUUUGUUGUUUUGCUUAUGAAUCUUGGUUUUUUAAACUAUAGCUUGGUGUUAUGUGUGAACCCAGCAGCCUGCCUUUACCAUGGCUUAUUUGGUGACUUCAUCCACUAGACCAGUGGUUCCCAACCUUUUUUUGGCCAUGCCCCACCUAAGCAUCUCUAAAAUCCUGAUGCCACCUCCCCCCAUAACAUAUAAUUUUUAUUAUUCAAAAAGUGAACUAUUCACGUGGAGGAAGCCUAAAAGGCCAUCCACUGUUUAUAACUCAUUCUCGAAUCCCCCCCCCCUUAAAAAUCAAAGACCAUACUUGUCCAGUGGCAAAUGAACACAGAGAAAAACAUGUUUGUAGCCAAGCAUUAUCUCACAUAAUCCAGUGCAGUUGCGUAUUGAUAUCUAUAAUUGCAUUUCUCGUGGUGCCAGAGCAAGUAUUUAUUUGCUGCUAAUUUGCUUGGGUUUUUUUUUCACUGUUAUCAUUCAGAAGCAGACAUGAAAGUGACUUUGGGGUCUCGCCCUCCCUGUACCAAAAGUGAAAGUGGUCAGUUCUGGUUUAAUGCUGCUCAGAAAGGGCUAUUUAUAUGCAACGGGGAUAAAUGGAUUUCCUUGCUAGAAGGUAAGCCUUUCUGGGUACCGAUUGAUUGGUUGUAUUUGUGUUCCGCUUUUCAUUCAAAUGAAUCUCAAAUCAGCUUACAAACAAUAAAUAAUGAAUUGGUUGGCCUCCGUCUGUCUCGGGAGACAAUGCAGGAGUGUGCCUUUGCGGGGUGAAGUCAAACCUUUGGGGAAUUACAGCACCGGCUGUGGCAGUAAAGACCAAUAUGGGAAAGACAUGUUUUGUUGCAGCUGGGGCAGACGAGGGUGUUUGAUUGUGCUGGUGCAGGUGUACCAUGGCAUUUCUUCUUUCUGCGCUCCUGCAAGCAGUCAUUCCUCUUCUGGUCACUUUUGUGGUUGCAUAACCUGAGUGCCUGUCUCCAGGUGCUGUGGUCAUCCGUAAGGGAUUCUUGCAUGGCCGAGUUAAUGUUGCCAGCCUUCAUGUCAUAUUUCCAGACAUCUUUGUAACGCAGGGUUGGUCAGCCAGCAGGCCUGGUGCCUGAAGCCAGCUCCUUGGGGAUCCUGUCAUCUUCUAUUGUGUGUACACGACCAAGGCAGUAUAGAUGUCAAUGAGACAGAAGUGCAAACAUGCUGAGAGGGGCUCAGGCACCAUGUUUAAACUGGCUUAUAGGCAUCUGAGCAGAGAAGCUAGAUCUAAAUGUGAAAGGUAAGUUUGAAUAGGAUCAGGGGUAAGGGAAACCAGAAGGAAUGAGAGGGGAAUUCAGGGCAGAUAGGAGGCCCAAGGAAGAGGGUCACAGAAGGGGCAGGGAGAAGAAGAUAAAUUUCAGGAAUGCUAAUUCUGCUGGAUCAUUCUGCCUACAGAAUCCCCUUAUUAAUGCCAUUUGAUUUCAUAGUUGAAGAAAGACUGGACUAUCUGGAAGAAUACCAGAGUUUAGCUACAAAUUCUGAAACCAUGGGCAUUGAGGUCUUUGUCAUCCCUGACGUGGGACUCUUUGCAGCUACUGCUAAUCGGUACACUCCUCCAGGGUCAGCCAUCUACAAAUGGACGGAUGAGAAAUUUGUGGCAUACCAAAAUAUCCCCACUUACCAAGCCCAGUCCUGGAAAUUCUUUACUAUCGGAAAAAAGGUAAAUUGUAAGUUAAUUUUCAGUAUUACUGGAUACUCCACUAUUCCCAUCAGCUUUUCUCUCUGGUCUUUUUGUCACACCUCCCUUACCAGUUUCUUAACUGGCAAUUAACCCCCAUCUGACAGUCAACUCCCAACUGAAUUGGAACCUUAAGCCAUUAAGAAUCUACUGUUAUCCAGACCAAUCGGAUUAAAUUAAAGUGAUAAUUAUCUCUCUCUCUCUCCUCUGUCAUAACCUGUCCUCAAGAACUACUACUAUGUAGGCUUGCAACACUAUGACAAAUCAAGGCACUUUGAUGAAGGUCACAACACAUUUCCCCCUUCAAACACAAAUAAAUAUACAGAUAUAGAUUGAAAUGGAUAUAGAUAUAAUUCCUCCACACCUCCAUACUGGUGUUCUUAUUUAUCUAGAACAGGGAUGGGGGGAACUCCUUACCAUUUGGCCAGCAAGGGUAGGAAUUCCUUUGAUUGAGAAAGGUGUAUUCCUGUCCACCCAUCAGUUUCAACUCCCGCUUGAGCUUUUCCUUCAGAACUCUGCAGUUUGAAGCAUGGAGGGGGCUGUGUUUGAAAGCGCCCUCCUACCCGCCCAUCAGCUGAUAAAUGGUCAGCAUGUGCCUUGAUCAAGGCUUUCGAAUGUGCCCCCCCCCCCGUGCUUCUUCAAACCUUCAUGCUACUUCAAAGGGAAACAUCAUAUGACAUCAGUAUGUCAGGUGUUGGGCAGGUGGGCAGCCCUGCCCACCUGUCAACUUUGGCUUGCCAGGGUGGGGAAGAGUUCCAGCCCUCUGGCCAGAAUAAAUUCUCCACAUUUGCUCUAGAAGAAGAGAUUUGGAGCAGGCUGUGCUAGAAGACUUUAGCAGACCAAGAAUCUCAUACCAGAGAUGUUUGGUGGCAAAGUGCAAGAGCUUUUCAAAGCUGACUUUCAUUGCACUGCUGUGUCUUGCUCUAUUGCUAUUUAUGAAAUAUGGCUUCUGUAGCGGUUUCACUAUUUUAUUAUAGGAAAUUCUGAGAGCAUUUUAUGGAGUGUGCCCAAUAAAUAUUCCAAAUAAAGUAUGUGUGGUUUGGGGUGGGGUGGGGGGAAGGAUAGCAUAUUUUCGCAUUUUGAGAGUUUUUCCUCUCUGGAAAAGAACCUGUUGUGCUUACAGGCCUUCAAAGUAGGCCCCCUCUGAUAUAAUGCACCAUUGACAACGUUCGUAGAACUGUUGGAAACUUCUGGAAAAGUCCUCUUUUCGUACUGCUUUCAGUUCUGCCGUCACAGCAGCUUGGAUGUAUGAAAUGUUGGAAAAUCUGUGCCCUUUCAGUGCAGAUUUCAGUUUUGGAAAAAGAAAGAAAUCCGAUGGGGCCAGACUGGGAAAAUAUGGAGGGUGGGACAACUCAGUAACCUUAGUAACAAUUUCACGCAGAAUAUAUGGAUUGUUCUGUGCAAGAAGAGAGACUGAGCUGUUGUAGCCUCUUGUUUUUAAGAUUUUCCUUGCAGUGGCAAAUUUUGAAGCAAAUGAAAGGGGUCAAGAGUUUUCUGUGAUUUACAAGUGGAACUACAGAAAGGAGAAAUUCACUGUGUACCAGAGGAUCAACACAUACAGUGCUCGAGACUGGGAGGCAUUCGUCAUUGAUGGAGAGGCCUUCCUCGCAGUGGCUAAUCAUAGAAAAGGUAUCUAGUUGCCAAUGUACAGUGACACCAAUUGGCAUGUGCAAAAUCCCUUCCCUUUGCCAUUGGACAACCAGAACCACCUGGAGUGCACCUGCUUUCCUUACAUAUGUUCUGUUCCUCUUAACAGCUGUGUGGCAUGCAUCAAGUCAACAGGUGCAACUUUUGGCAUGGAAAUGUCAUGAUGAGGGAAAAGCUGCCCUUGAUUAAUUUAAUCUAUCUAUCUAUCUAGUCUAUGCCCUGCUUGCAAGACACAGAGGACAAGUACAGUGGAUGCUGGGGUUGCAAACGUGAUCCGUGCGGGAUGCAUAUUUGCAACCCACAGCAUUCGCAACCCGCAUCUGUGUGUCUGUGCACGUGUGGGUUGCGAUUUAGCGCUUCUGCACAUGUGCAAAGCACGAUUUAGCGCUUCUGUGCAUGUGCAACCGCCAAAACCCGGAAGUAACCCGUUCCAGUACUUCCGGGUUUCAGCGGUCCGUAACUCGAAAAAAUGCAACCUGAAGCGGCUGUAACCCAAGGUAUGACUGUAUCUUAGAUGACUUUCCAAGGGGAUUAAAUGAAUGUGUAUAGGGAUAGGUCUGCCAGUCUCCACUAAACCCCUGUUCCUCGGGGGAGAGCUACUGCAUGGAGGCAUCUGGUUGACCACUGUGGAAAGCAGGAUACUGGAUUAGGUGGAUCCUGGUCUCAUUCAUCCAGGUUUGUGUUCUUAGGAGACUCUUCCGCCAAAAGUGACUCUUCAACAAAGAGAGAUAUUGCAAGGGAUUGUUAAAGCUGCUGUCACUGUAGCUACUGCAAUCAGCAGUCCAACUGACUGCAGCCUUCCCUUGUGGUGUUAAUCAAGAGUUUUUGUAGGGUCUAUAACAGGGAAAUAACGAGUUGCACUCCUCUUUCGCCCCCACCUGUCAGGGUUCAGAGGCUGCUCAGCAAUUCACUUCCAAAAGCUCUGUGUCCUCUUUAAAUUAAUAAUUCCUAUUGGCUAAAACCAUUUUUAAACAGUGGGUGUCUGCUUCAUUUUGCACCAGCUUUUUCAUAUUUGCAUCUGUACUGUGUUUAUAGUAUGUGGUUAUACAUAUUUAGACCCUAGAAACAAAUGGAUGCUUUCUUGGUGUGUCAGGGCCUAUGCAGUGUUAAGAGAGAGAUUUUAAAAACCUGGAUUUAUGAAAGCAACCCUGGGAGUCCUCAAUCCAGAGUGAGAUUGCAACAUGGCAGGAUGUCAUUGUCGUUGUCAUUUAUUUAUUUUUAACCAUUUCCCCCAUGUUGUUUUCCUGCUGAAAAUCAUCUGCUUGUGGUUUCUGUCCCCACGCUUAAAAUUGCACAGUAAUGAAUAGCAACUUUGUGAGGUAUUUUCAGCAGGGAAAUGGGUCCCCUGCUAGAGUGUGGGCCUUAUCAGGUCCCCCACAAGGCCAGACUCUGGUGCUGUGCCUGGGUCCUCAGCCCAGCCCCUGAGAACAAACAACUGAUUCUUAGUUUCCCACAAACAGUAUGCGAAACCUUGGUUGAAAACGUGGCUGGUAGUUUAGAUUUCAGGCAUCUAGGUUAAAAUUCUGCAACAUUCCUCCAAACCAUCAGAAUGGUUUGUCACUUGGCAUGGUUUGCACUUCACAAACUAUGAGCCAAAAAGCCAAAGCCUGAACAUAGCUAAGCCACAGGCUUGGGUUUGCCCAAUACAUCAAGGCAACUAGAGCUUCAUUUAGCUCAGUGCAGCAGCAGCAGAACAAUUGAGAAGGAGCACAGAAAUCACAACCACCUCUCUCAGAGGCUGCACACUCACAUGAUUGCCCUGGGCUUAGCAUGGCUUGCAAGCCUGGUCUCCAAACUACAGUGGUACCUCGGGUUACAUACGCUUAAGGUUACAUACGCUUCAGGUUACAGGCUCCGCUAACCCAGAAAUAGUACCAUGGGUUAAGAACUUUGCUUCAGGAUGAGAACAGAAAUCGUGCUCCGGCGGCACAGUGGCAGCAGGAGGCCCCAUUAGCUAAAGUGGUGCUUCAGGUUAAGAACAGUUUCAGGUUAAGAACGGACCUCCGGAACGAAUUAAGUACUUAACCCGAGGUACCACUGUAAAGUGGAAUCUCCUGGAAGCUUUUUGGGAUCCAAAAUCAUUUGGAGUGCCCAUGAAAUGACCAUAUGCUGCCACCCAGUGGAGUCUGUUAACAUAAUCCAUGGAAAGAACUGUUUUUCUAAAAUGUGUUGUGUGGGAAGAAAAAUUAAAAUAUAUAGUUUCGGCCUUAGAAUGAAGUAAACAGGGACAAUAUGGAAGUAAAUGCUAUUAAAUCAGUCCUAUUUGUACUGGGUCCCUCACUUGCUUUUGCAAAAAGGAAAAUGGUGGUAGUGGUUGUGAUUAAAAUCUAAUGCUUAGCUGACCAAAUUCUUUAUUCCUCAUUUGUGUAAUGCCUUACUCUCUUCCAAGUCCAGCCUUGCCAUUAGGCAGGCCUCAGGUAGCUGAUCUGAGGUGUCAUUACUAUAUUUUUUAUUAUGGAGGAGGGAGAAGCUUACAUCAGAGGGGAUGUGGAGCAUAUGACCCCCCCCCCCAGCCCCAUGUAGGCUUAUUUAUGGAAUCCUAUACAUUCCAUCCCAUGCAAAAAUUCCAUUGUCUUUUGAAAUCUUUUCAGGUGAAUUGAAUUAUUAGCUCCCUUUUUGGUUCUUUAUCUGGUCAAAAAUGAGACAGUCAUUUCCUUCAGCUUGUCAACAGCAACAACAACAAGAACCCUCUCAUUUGACUCUCCUUUUCAGAUUAAAACCUUGAGGUCAGUCCUUGACGUCUGACAUUUUUUUCUUCCUUAGGGAAUAACCACAAUAUAGACAGUGUCAUAUACAGGUGGAACGCCAGGACAGGCCUUUUUGAAACCAACCAGACCAUUCCUACCUCAGGAGCCUACGACUGGGAAUUUUUCAGCAUUGGGCCUUAUUCCUUCCUCGUGGUGGCCAACACAUUUAAUGGAACAUCCACCACAAUCAACUCUCACAUCUACAUUUGGCUCAGUGGAGCCUUCCAGCUCUUCCAGUCAAUACUGGUAAGAUAUUGAGUAGGAAAAACCAAUGUAAUUGUUUGAUUGCUUGGGCAAUGUAUUUUGCUCUGAACACCACAGUGGAUAUACCCUAUAUAAGCAUAGGGUAGGUGAGUGUGCUGAUUUUUAUACACAGUUCUGUAUUCAUGAAGCUGCACUGAAUGCUGCCACUGCCACCAAAAUGACAUAGCCAAAGAUUUCCCUUCCAUUCAUAUAUGUCAGUACUGAAGUCUGUUGCACACAGGUAAUGAAAACUGUACAUGCAGAUGUGACUGCAGAUCAGGGGGAUGCAAGUAUAGAUGUGCAUUGUGCAAUCUAUUGUCUGUAUCCCCCUCAUAGUGCAGGUUGUCUUGAGUCACCAUAUACCAACUUUUGUGUUACUUGUUUUAAUGGGACUGCAAAAUAAAAGUGUGGGGUCAUCCUUCCUUGAUUUAUUUUUCCCUUAGUGCUGAUCAGCAGCAUCACUGAGUAUGCUAAUUGGUCAUAUUAGCAUAUGUUAAUAUGCACAGUUACAGCUGUGUGUGUUUUUAAGUUCUGUUGGAAUCUGUAACAUUAGAGAUUAAGUUCAUUGGGGGACGGGUAAAUGGCAAAUAAAAUCAUGCUUGAAUUCAGCUCCUCCCCCUCCCCCUCCCCCUCCCCCGCAACCUGAUGCCCUCCAGAUGUUUUGGACUGUAACUACCAUAAUGGCUGGAGCUGAUAGGAACUGAAGUCUCCGACAUUGAAAAGUUGGCAUUUUUUUACUUCUUCAAAUGUAAUGGGUUUUUCUCUGUCCCAUCCUGAGCUUGGCUAGCCAUCUGCUGGGACUUAUGAGCCACCCCAGUCAGCAGCUGUUGCCUGAAUGAGUUUGCUAAAGUGUUUGAAGGCAAAAAAGAGCAGGUUUUCUAAGGCAGGCAAUAAAGUAGCAAGAUAGGGCAUGCUGCCCGUCCUGAUGUCAGGGUGAGCUCACCCUCAGGCCACUUCAGUUCAGAUGAAGGGAGUUGCUACUUCCCUGUUCCCCACCUGCUGCCCGUGGUCUCAGGAAUCACAUGGAUCUCCUUCCUGGCGCCUGCUCCCUUUGGGCCUCCAUGCUUCGUCAUGCGCAGUUCCUUCCCACAAGUCCCUCUGCUCCUGUGUUACUACUGAGGCACAUCUCAGUCACCGUGGCAACCAGGCCAGCUUCCCAGCUGGAGAUGGCAGCUGUGGUGGAGAGCAUUCUGGUUGCCAUGGCAAUGUCACAGCUGUUCUUGGUCUUGCCAUUCUGCAGUGCUCAUUCCGCUGGCCCGGAGAGAGACACUUUUGGCCUCACCUUCCUCUUUCCAUGAGGCAAUUGAGGUCACCACUGCUGAGCCUCACAAAAAAAUGGCAGCGCUUGGGCCAGAGGCUCAGGCAAGUGGGGAGCAGCAAGAUACAGGAGGGGCUGAUACAGUUCCUUCUCUGAAGCCAACAAAAAUCAUUCAUGGAAUAAUGCUUUAGGAAUCAUUCCUUGUGAUGGAAAGCUAUUGGAAAAUGCUUCACUGGGAUAAAAAAUGCACAUGGAUUUUUCUGGCAAGCAAGCUGCCUCUGGGACUCUUAAAUCUGCAUCCAUACAGCAGUUUAUUCCAUUUCCCAUUACCCUAAUUGUUCAUUUCUGCAUUAUAUUUGAACUUCCACACAAUGAAAAAGCCACUUCCAGGAACAUAGAGCAAGUUCAUAGAUCGUUUCCAUGUUAUUUGCAAGCAGUGUUUUUUUUUUCCUGGAAGCAAAUUACAUGGAGAUGGGUGCUAUACUUGCACUGUAGAUUUCCUGAAGGGCUUGCUUUUAAUGCCAUGUGAAAGCUCAAAUUAACAGUUAGGGAAAUGGAAUAAACUGCUGUGUGAAUGCAGUCAAGUUCCAGUCUCAAGGAACUUUGAAGAACCUACAUGGAUUUUCAGCUUUGGCACAAUAUUUUCUGGCUACAUUCCUUCAUACAUACAUAGAAAACUGCUCUACACUGAGCCAGACCUUUGGUCCAUUUAGCUCAGUGCUUUUAGCAUCAGCUUUCCAGGAUUUCAGAGAGGAAGCUUUUCCCAUUCUUACCUGAAUCUGCCAGGGGUUGAGCCAGACACUUUCUUCAGGCAAAGAAAAUGCUCUUCCACUGAGCUACAGCCUACAAAGUAUUGCAAUGGAGGAAAGACCAUUGCGUUGUUGAGACCACCCUCAGAUCAAUGUAGAUGUUCAGCAAAGGCAACCCUAUUUCACGUGAGCUAUGUUAGAAAAUGGGUGGGUUUGCAUGCACCAUUUAACACAGCUCUGGAAAUUGUGGUACUAGUUAAGAGCAGAGGACUGUGUUACAUUUGUCCCUAGUAGGGCUGCUACUAAGAUAAUAUCCUAGUGCAAGGGAAUGUCAUGCAUGAAAUAAGAGAGCAGGAAGAAGCAUUUGCCAGACAUUCUGCUAGCAAUAUUUCCAAUGGAACCCAGCUGUGCAGGAAGCAGAAUGGAACGUGGUUUUGCAUUCUUCAUAAUUGUGAACACCAGGGGGUUUCCAAGUAAAAACCAAGUGAGUGAACAGGCUGACAUAUCUGGAAAGCUUUCUAAAAUUGGGACCCACACCAGACCUUCCUUCUCAUUGCUAACUAACUGCUAGAUCUGCUUCUGCAAGAGUUACGUGGCUACUCAAACCCUCUUGUACGCCAGGCUGCAGGGGAGAAACGUCAUUCCUAGAGCAGGAAGAAAGAAAUGGUUUUUGAAUGAGAGUGGCAGGGGAAGAGGGUAGCCCAUUUUAAUUUUGGUAGAAUUUUCCUUUUUAAAAGGUGAUAUGAGCACUAAUAUGGAAAAGAAGAAAAGCAUUCACCUUUUAAAAAACACACCAAAAAUGGGGGGUGGGGGGAAACCCAAGCAAAAAAUGCUUCCAAAAUGGCUUGGGCAUUUGGUGGAUAGAUUGGCGGUUGGAGUUUUCUUUUAUUUUCAUGAGCAGAGGUCACAGGAACUGGGCAAUAAGUGCCUGUGGCAGUAUCCCAAUCACCUUACACCAGGGAUGAGUAGCCUUUGUCUCUUCAUAGCUUCAUGGCUGGGGCUGGUAGGAGUCCAGUUGGAGUCCAGUUGGAAAGCUGCAAGUUUCCCAUCUCAGGCUUACACACACUACCCUCAGCCUUUAUUAAGAGAGAGAAGAAUCGGGUAUGCAAGCAAUUGUGGUUUGUCAUUCAAUUACUGGCAAAAUCAGCGUUCAAAGUCCAGCUUGAAAGGAUGAUGUCUGCACUGCUUGCCACCAAAAGGUUAUGACAGUGGUGUUAAUAAAAAUCAUACUAUAUGUAGAAGCCCUUAAUGCAGGAAUGGGGAACCUUUUUCAGCCUAAGGGCCACAUUCACUCACGGGUCAGCUUCUGGGGGCCACAUACCAGUGGUGGGUGUGGCCACAGGCAAAAAGUAGGUGGAGCAACAGUGUGGUUCUUGCCUUUGCACAGUCCAUGUACAUGAGAUGUUCUACAUACAUCUCUCCAUCCAGACACAAUUCAAGGACAUAUUCUAGCAAGGCAAAAACUCUCAAGGAUGGGAUGGAGCAAGGCCAGAGUGGGGCAUGGCCUGGAGAGGGUGAACAGCCUAGAUAGCACCUUAAGGCCUAGACAGAGUGGCCUACAGGGCUGAAUUUGGCCCCCAAGCCUGAGGUUUCCCACCCCUGCUUUAAUGGAACUGAUGUGCAUAUGCUGAAUGGCUUCCCGGAGGGGAAGUUGAGGUCUGGAUUAUUCUCCUCCAUGUAUUGUGUUGGAUGCAUUCUUCUGCAGUUGCUGCUCAUUUUCUGAAAAGCUUUUCUUCACGCCUUCUCUUUUGGUCUAGACUUUUGGUGCUGCUGAUUGGGAAGUCUUCCAGAUCCAAGACAGGGUCUUCCUCGCUCUGGCGAACAGCUAUGACAGUACAAUUGUUGCCCCAAACAACAGCUUUGCCAUCAAUUCUUCCAUCUACGAGCUUAACAUCACUGCACAGAUGUUUGUCAAGUUCCAGGACAUUCUUACCUACAGGUGACCCCUUUUAUGUAUUGCUGAAAACACCAGCAUUGUGUCAUUUUAAUAAUGGAAUGUGUUUCGGUCUACCAGAAUGUUUUGAUUCUUUUUUUAAAAAAUUGUAAGACUGCCGUCUAAAAUGUGUUCUUAAAUUGAUCUAGGUGGUCAGUGUAUCAUAGAAAGAUGAAAAUGCUCACUUCUCUUAAAAGAGUCUGAUUUGGGGAAAUGAUUUAAAAAAUGUAUUCUAAAUAGUAAAUGGUAAGAGGAUGUUUUCCCAGGUAGUUAUGCCAUUGUUGUAAUCUAUUCUUGUUUGGUUGGUUUCUGCUGCAGUGCUGUGGAUUGGGAGUUCUUUUCAGUUGGAGAAGAUAACUUUUUGGUGGUAGCAAAUUCAUUUGAUGGUGUGACCUUUGCUGUAAACAGCAUUAUUUACAGGUAAGUAGGUGCACAACCCCCGAAGUGUCAUAGCUUGAGUCCUACUUGAUUAUUUUCAUAGUGAAUGAAAGUGGAACUGGUAAAAAAGGUAGGUAAAGGUAAAGGAUCCCUGGACAGUUAAGUCCAGUCAAAGGCAACUAUGGGGUUGCAGCACUCAUCUCGCUUUCAGGCCGAGGGAGCCGGUGUUUGUCCACAGACAGUUUUCCAGGUCAUGUGGCCAGCAUGACUAAACUACUACUGGCGCACAGAGGACCUUGACAAGUGCCAGAGCACAUGGAAAGGCCGUUUACCUUCCUGCCACAGCGGUACCUAUUUAUCUACUUGCACUGGCAUGCUUUUGAACUGCUAGGUUGGCAGGAGCUGGGACAGAGCAAUGGGAGCUCACCCUGUUGAGGGUUCAAACUGCCGACCUUCCAAGAGGCUCAGUGGUUUAGACCACAGCGUCACCUUAUGAUGGUAACUAAUAUAGGAAGGAAAAUCAAUCUGAUCUCAACCUGUAGGGUCGUGUUAUUGUAAGGGUCUGGGUGCAAAUGGAUUUUGUUUAGUUGUUUAGUCGUGUCCGACUCUUCGUGACCCCAUGGACCAGAGCACGCCAGGCACUCCUGUCUUCCACUGCCUCCCGCUUGGUCAGCAGCUUGGUCAGACUCAUGUUCGUAGCUUCGAGAACACUGUCCAACCAUCUCGUCCUCUGUCGUCCCCUUCUCCUAGUGCCCUCAAUCUUUCCCAACAUCAGGGUCUUUUCCAGGAGUCUUCUCUUCUCAUGAGGUGGCCAAAGUAUUGGAGCCUCAGCUUCAUGAUCUGUCCUUCCAUUGAGCACUCAGGGCUGAUUUCCUUAAGAAUGGAUGCAUUUGAUCUUCUUGCAGUCCAUGGGACUCUCAAGAGUCUCCUCCAGCACCAUAAUUCAAAAGCAUCAAUUCUUCGGCGAUCAGCCUUCUUGAUGGUCCAGCUUUCACUUCCAUACAUCACUACUGGGAAAACCAUGGCUUUCACUAUACGGACCUUUGUUGGCAAGGUGAUGUCUCUGCUUUUUAAGAUGCUGUCUAGGUUUGCCAUCGCCUUUCUCCCAAGGAGCAGCCGCCUUUUAAUUUCGUGACUGCUGUCACCAUCUGCAGUGAUCAUGGAGCCCAAGAAAGUAAAAUCUUUCACUGCCUCCAUUUCUUCCCCUUCUAUUUGCCAGGAGGUGAUGGGCCCAGUGGCCAUGAUCUUCGUUUUUUGAUGUUGAGCUUCAGACCAUAUUUUGCGCUCUCCUCUUUCACCCUCAUUGAAAGGUUCUUUAAUUCCUCCUCACUUUCUGCCAUCAAGGUUGUGUCAUCUGCAUAUCUGAGGUUGUUGAUAUUUCUUCCGGCAAUCUUAAUUCCAGCUUGGGAUUCAUCCAGCCCAGCCUUUCGCAUGAUGAAUUCUGCAUAUAAGUUAAAUAAGCAGGGAGACAAUAUACAGCCUUGGCGUACUCCUUUCCCAAUUUUGAACCAAUCAGUUGUUCCAUAUCCAGUUCUAACUGUAGCUUCUUGUCCCACAUAGAGAUUUCUCAGGAGACAGAUGAGGUGAUCAGGCACUCCCAUUUCUUUAAGAACUUGGUGCAAAUGGAUAUGCAUAUGUAAAUACCAUGGAUCAAAUAUCACAGGCAGAAUUUUCUUUUCACCUGCUUGGGUCACAUAAAACAAAAUUCACUCUUCUCUCACAUUCUACUUGGAAUAAUUAAAGGGUAUACACGUGUGCACUAGCCCUCAAUAUAUUGAAACACCAGAUCCAGGAACUAUCCCAGGAGCUCGUCACUGGAUACAACUGUUGAUUAGUUAAUAUUUACCCUUUAAGUACAAUUUCCCAGACUGCUGAGAACCCAUGCUACCUGCCCGCAACACACUCUGCUACCUGUUACAUAUUUCAGAAGCUUUUCCAGGAGGAUAUAAAAUCCACCUCCUCUAUUAAGUCAGCUACUUUAUGAAAGAAUGAAACUAGGUCAGUCUGGCAUCAUUUGUUCUCAAUAAAACCAUGUGAACUGUUAAUGAUCACUCGUUUGUACUAUUCAGUAACAGAUGUACUGGUUUUUUUAUUGUUUCCUCCACUUGAGAUUAAAUCCAAACCAAUCAGCUCUACUUCCCUGGGUUUUAUUCUUUCCAUUAAAAAAAGGCAUGAUGUUUGAUCUUCUCCAUUCCUCUGGGACUAGCCAGACCAACCAGGUUUCCUUUUUGAUCACACAACCAAAAAAGGAGAGCAUAGCUGAUGCAUGUCCUCUGGGAGAAAGGAUAUGACUUGCAACAACUUGCUAUGAAGACUGGCCUUGUGCAUUGUAUUGGAAACCUUAAGUGGAAGUGAAUGGCCCUAAAAUUAUAUCUGAAUACUGUCAAGCAAUAGCAGCCAUCCAGUAUUGGAUUCUGGACUUGAUUGUGCAGUCCUGGAGAGGAGGGAUAUGCAGUCAGGAGUGGGUGUGCACAGAGGAUGCUGCACAUGCAAUUCAUUCCCUAAUACAACUGUUAGGACUGUUUUUCUUCCCUUCUGCCCCUCCCACUCCCUCUCAGGAAUCGGCAGUAAAUCAUGGUGUAGGAAAGUCAAAAGGCAAUGUAGCCCCACCUAUGUAGCCCUGCUGGCUACCACAGCUCAGUCUAUUACCCUCAAUUUGUGCCCACAGUACAUUUCCCUUCCUAAGCCAAUAGCACUACCAUGUGAAUCUCUGAAAGCCACAUAAGUUUGUACAAUAGGCUACAUGCAGAAGUCACCUCUGAAAGCCAGAGGUGAGGAGCUUUAGGCUUAGGGGCCAAAAAUGGCCCUCUGGGCCUCUCUGUUUAACUCUUGGGGCCAGCUCACCCCUUCAUCCCAGCCUAUGCCUCCUCUCACGAAGCCACACCAGCUCACUGACCGUGCUCCACACACUUCUCAAGUGCUUUUGCCUGGCCAGGACGUGUCAUUGAAUUGUGGCGAUACCUCUUGCUUACCUGAAUGCUGGCUGGGGAGAUGUGCUUUCUUUGUAAAUCUACAUUUGAUCCACUGUACGAAGGAAGAGACACACAUCUGCUACACCACUCGCAUGCGUCCCCCAGAAGGGAAUGUGGCCCCUGGGUGGAAAAUAGUUUCCCACACUUGCUUUCAAGUGCUGCCUUACGGCACAAUGCCAGUGACCCCUUCAAAUAUCAAAUAUGAUACAGUUAUACUGGGUGUUAGGAGCGUGUCUGCUAUCUAUAAGGUAGGCUCUUUGAACUGGUGUUAAAGGAGCGCAUUUCCUCACUAGACCUUUAUCUGAAUGGGAAAGCUGUUUGAAGGCAGUGGGGUAAAACGGAUCCUGUGAGGUUGGUGAUCAUGAGCAUUGAGUAACUCUUUUUCUCUCUACUGCAGAUGGCAAGGAUAUGAAGGCUUUGUAGCUGUUCACCGUCUUCCAACGUUUGGCUGUAGGGAUUGGGAAGCUUUCACUACUGCAGCUGGCUCUUACCUCAUGUAUUCAAGUGCAAAAGAACCACUAUCCAGGGUGCUGAAGCUGAAAACCUUUUGA